GGCUGAUAAGCCUAAUAAGUGGAAUAACUGGUUCACCAAACUGGCACUUAGUGUUUUGCCGCUCAUAUUUUAGAAAGUAGGGAGCGUGAAAUUUUUGCCGCUCACCAGGAGAAUUAUUAGGUUUCCGCACUCUCUCCUUAACCCUACCUUCUCUUCUCUUUUCUUCGUUCUUCAAAUUGUGCAUAUACAAGAACGGAAAAUACUGCAACAGCGAGAAACGGCGCUACUCAAUUGACGAGAAAGUGUGCGACUGAAUCUGGGGAUAAUGGGUGACUGAAUCGGAGAUAAUGGGUGACUCCAUCGGCGAUGGUCCGAUGUUCAUCUUGUCCUUCGAGCUUCAAAUUGUCCGUCUUCUCCUUCAAGCCUCAUCAUCUCCUUCUGAUUAUCUUCCUUAAGCUUCUUUAACAGAUAAGUAUUUUUUAUUUUUAAAUUCAUCAUCUCUUUGUUCGAAUGCUUUGAUACAAUUUAACUUUGUAGGAUUUGGGUACCUAGUUGUCUUCACCCUAUUAGCUGAUUCCAUAAAGACAAAAUUAAGGCUACAAACAUCAUGUAUUUCCUUAUUCAGAUUCGGAUUAAGCAGAAUAUGAAGGAUCUCUUAGAGUAGUUUCUGACUGGACGAUAGAAUAGGUGGACCCUUCCAACAUCCCCUCUUCCUCACGAAAGGAAACAGGGAGUCCCAUUGACAUUGAUUCGGACUCAGGCACUGAAGAAGUGUUUACUGAAUCUUUGAAUUCCCAGAAUGAUACAGCAGCUCACUUACUAGACUUUAUUCAGCCUGCAGACAAAAGGAAAGAAACAUUAAUGGAAGGAAUUCCCUCAUCUGAGUUAUAUCGAACUGAUAAGCCCAAAGAUGACUACGACCUUAUGCAGUUAAUCAAAAUUAAAGACUAUGAUCCUGUUAUAGCUGCAAAAGGAUACUCAUCUGAUGGUGAUGGCGGGUUUAUUGAUAAUCUGCAAUCAUGGAAGACUGGGCAAGAGAAACUCACUCAGAAAUUGAAAGCUUUGAUGGAUAAUAUGCCUCAAAAGUCUGAUGCAGAUCUUAUGGAGAACCUAGAAAGGAAAGGAAUAGUUCAGCAAGAUGGAUUUAUAACAGUGGCACGGAAAAAGAAGAAAAAGCAGCCUACACAAGUUGUUCCAGACACUCCUAGACUCACUAGGAAUGCAGCUAAAAAGCUG